AUGUCUACAGAUUUGGGAGCUAGUUUCAACGAGCAAUACAUGAAUAUAAACACUAAACUGAAAAAGCGUUUUAUGCGGAAACCGAAUAUAUCUGAAGCGACAAAUGAAUUCAUAGCAUUGGCGAUUCAGUGUGAACAUUCGGAGCAGCCAGCGUUCGCGGGUCAUGCGUAUGUAGGAGCUGCGAAGUGUGAAGCGACGGCGGGAAACUUUCUUGGUGAAGCAGAGCAUUAUCUUGCUGCAGCACGGCAGUUCAUGAAGGCUGAGAAGAAGUUAAAGAUGUUGAAGUUUUACAGCCCCGACAGGGAGAAUUUAGAGGCUGCGAUAGGCUGUUUUAUGCAAGCUCUUAACAAAUAUCCAGACAAGUCCCCUAUGCGCACCUCAAUCCUCAUGGAGCUGGCUGACAGUCUAGUAAUGCUGAAUCUCAAACUUGAGGCAGUGGCAUAUUAUGAACAGGCUUUGGAGACAGUGGAUGACAAAACUAGAAAACUCAUGUUCAUGAAGAAUUUGGUCAAUUUGCUGAUUGAUUGUGAGAAAUUCAAUAUAGCACUGGAGACAGCUAACAAAAUCUGUGACUCAAACUUCAAUAUGCCAGAUGAUAUUCUUACUGAGAUUCAAGUCAGCAGGGUUUUACUUAAUCUGUUAGUGGAACCGGCUGAUGACAACAAGCCAGUCUCCUUGAGGCAGCUCUUCAUAGAUCUGCUUAAUGAUACUGAAACUGAAGCAAUCCCCUUUAACACUGACCUGCAACUAAAACUCCAGUCAAUAAUAAUCUCCUGUAUGACAGCAGACGUCUCCUCACUGAUCAGCGUCAGCUCUGAAGUCAGACAGUACUUGACUACGCACCAGAAUAAUUUGCUGGACACUCUAAUUAAGGAAAAGAGGAUGCGGCAUUUGUCAUUAGUGUAGAUAUAGUUUAAUGUUGAGAGAACAGACUUUGUUUUGUCACAUGAAACGGUUACUAUAUGUAGUUGCGUAACACAUUGUUGUGUAAUGGCAGACACCUUUGGUAUUCAGAUGAAGGAACACAGCAAAGGGAUGGCUACAAAAUUUCAUGAAUUACUUAAGUUGGUCAGCAUUUUAUGGUAAUAAUUACUUAGUCAAAGUAUUUCACAAGGAAGCAAUGGAAGUGUAAUACUAGUCAAUUUAAAAUUCUUUAUUUUUUCAAAUAAAUGACGUUGUUACUUUAGUUAUGAGAUAUUUAAUAAAAAAUACA